AUGUCUUCUGAACAAGCUACCAAAGUCGUCUUCAAGGGUGAUGAAAACACCGAUUUCUUCGUCAUUGCUCAACCUGGUAUGGUCGCCAAGUGGAAGAAGGACAAGACCAUCCCUCUCAUUGAUGUCGUCCAAAGCUUCGAUAUCUUCACUACUCCCUCUGGCAGCAUCACUGGUGAGGCCAUCCGUCCCUCCAACAGCACUCUCGAGAACGUGUUCUCCACUACCAAUAAGGAUGAUAUUGUCAAGAAGAUUGUCUCUGAAGGUGAAGAGAAGGGCCACGGUCAAUUGUAA